CCGGUGUGGAAUAGGGAUCUCCUAACAGCACGCAUCCCUCCACACAUAAACCCGGCCCACCAGGAAUUCCUCCAACGAUUAGGCACCACCGCCGACGACAUCAUGUUGUCAACACCGCCGGAGGAAAUGGCCGGCCGCUUCUUCCUCUUUGGCCCAGGGGACAUGGCAUCGCUACGAAGGCAUGCUCCGGUGCACCUUACACCGCCAGUCACCAGCUUCGAGCUUCUGACUGCGGUCAUGUGGCGUUGCCGCACAGUGGCGCUCGGCUACGAGCACCACCAGCGGGUGCGCCUGAUGUUUUCUCUAAAUGCGCGUGGGAGGUGGAAGCGUCAUGCGCUCGUCCCACGUGGGUUCUACGGAAAUGCACUCUUCUACCCUGCGGUAGACACGACCGCCGAGGAACUGUGCUUCAACCCGCUUGGCUAUGCGCUCAAACUCGUCCGCGAGGCCAAGCGUGACAUGACAUACGACAACAUGGAGUCCAUGGUGGAUUUCAUGGCGUCUAUGCGUGGGCGGCCACCUCUCACCAUGGACAGAAUGUACGAGGUCUCUGACAUCAAGUGGGUUGGACAGGACGCGCUAGACUUUGGAUGGGCGAAGCGGGUUGACGGCGGCGUACCCAUGGUUGGGGACAUUGCCUGCAAGUCUGUGAGCUACCACAUGAGGUGCAAGAAUGGAAAGGGUCAUGACAUGAUCGCGGUAUCCAUGCUAUUGCCAGGACCUGCAAUGGACAAGUUCGAGAAGGAGAUUGAUGUUUGGGUGAACAACGAAAACUAUUUUUUUCCCCUCAAAUCAAACGUUGUUAACCCCUGUGCUUGCUUCUCUUCUGUGCCCUCGCAUUCCCCAUCCCCUCUGGAAAUAUCCCCACCCGCGCCGCCGCCGACACCCACCCCACCGCCGCCGCCGUCGCCGCACAAAGCUCGAGCAAUGGAACAAUCGCUGCCAACGACCGUGUCUACGUGCACCCCCGACACGGCGAUGGGCAAGCACGUGUUCAAGAUCGUCGGCUACCAUCUGCACAAGGGUUUGGGCGUCGGCAAGUACAUACGGUCCGCCACCUUCGCCGUCGGCGGCUACGACUGGUGCGUCCGUUACUACCCCGAUGGAUACUCAUCCCCCGAGUGCAAUGGCCACAUCUCUGUCUACCUCGAGCUCCUCUCCAGGAACGCCGAGGUCAGGGCGAACUACACAUUCAGUCUAAUCGACUCGGGCGGCGGCGGCGCGCAGCCAUGGUCGCCGUUCAUCCGCCGCUUCGCUCACAACUACACCUCCGUCGAUGCUUGCUAUGGAGCUGACAUGUUCAUCAAACAGAGUUCGCUCGAAUCGGUGCCGUACCUGCGGGACGACACCGUGGUGAUUGAGUGUGAGGUCAAGGUUAUCAGGUGCCCGCAGGUGCAGGAGGAGUCCGUGCUGGCCGCCACACAUAUCGAGGUGCCGCCCUUGGAUCUGCCGAACCACCUCAGAAAGUUGCUGGAUGGAAAGAGAGGAGCAGAUGUGACUUUUGAGGUUAAAGGCAAGGUUUUCCCUGCACACAAGAUUAUGCUCGCCACGCGAUCGCCGGUCUUCGAUGCUCAGCUCUAUGGACCUAUGAGCGAUGCCAAUGCCACAAGUAGGAACAUAAUCAUCGAGGACAUGGAACCCCCUGUUUUCAGGGCCUUGCUUCACUUCAUCUACACGGAUUCGCUGCCGGCUAUGGAUGACCUUGAUGAUGGUGAGAACCAAGAGAUGGUUAAACACUUGCUGGUGGCUGCCGACAGGUAUGCCAUGGACAGGAUGAAGAUGAUAUGUGAAGGUAUUCUCUGCAAGAGCCUUGACGUUGAGACCGUGGCGACGACAUUGGCGCUAGCUGAUCAGCAUCACUGCAGCAAGCUGAAAGAUGCCUGUGUUGAAUUCAUUCUCUCUUCAAACAGAAUGGAUGAUGUGGUAGCAAGCCAGGGGUAUGCACACCUCAAACGAUCUUGUCAUGCUCUCAUGUUUGAUGUCUUUGAGAGGGCUACCAAGUCUCGCAAAAUUUAAUAUGCUAAUCUUGAGUUAUGCCUCAAAAAUAGUCAGUUUAGUUGACAUGUCGAUUCAUCAAAGGUUUACCUGAAAUGAACUAGUUUCUUAUCUUGAGUUAUGCUGAUGUUGGGUUAACUUCUGGAUGACUAGCCACCUGUGUAAG